AUGCUUCUACAUGCUUUCUGUUCCAGGGAUCUGACUACGGUCAAGAUCCAAAACAAGGGGGGGGGUAAGGCUCUAAUCUUCUCAUCAGCCUACCUUCCCUACGAGGCAGCAGAUCCAAUCACUGGGCAACUGCGGGAUCUUGCUGUCUACUGCAGCCAGGCGAACACCGACCUGAUCAUCGGCUGCGACGCGAACGCACACCACGUCAUCUGGGGAAGCUCGGAUGUCAACAGAAGAGGGGAGAAGGUAUUGGAUUUUCUGGUAAGCUCUUCCUUACAAUUAUUAAACAAAGGCAAUGAACCGACAUUCGUCAAUGCUAGGCGGGGUGAGGUUAUUGAUAUAACGCUAGCGUCCAACAACGCGAGUAGUAAGAUUAGCUCAUGGCAUGUCUCUGGGGAGAUUUCUUUAUCGGACCAUAGAUACAUAUGCUUUAGGUAUAAGACUAAAAUUCAAUUAGAAAUUAUACGCAAACGGAAUCCCAGAAACACCGACUGGUUAGCGUUCAAAAGCGACUUGAAGGCGGAACUGGGAGACCUUAAAGGCAAGCUAAACUCUAUCAGUGACAUAGAACUUGAAUCAGACCGAAUGGUACAAGCUGUUUAUACAGCCUGGGCAAACAACUGCCCGGAAAAGAAAAUCCUGGCGAAGAAGGUGCCCUGGUGGAACCCGGAGAUCGCAAAACUCCGGAAGGAAACCAGGGCUGUCUUCAACGAUGCUAAAAGGACUAAGGACUUUCAGCAUUAUGCGCAGAAACUCACUGAAUACAGCAAAGCGGUGAGGAAAGCAAAAAGGAAGGCAUGGAUGAACCAUUGCGAUCAAAUCAGGUCCAUACCGGAAGGCAUGAGACUUACAAAAGCGCUAGCCACAACGAAGUCAGUUCCGCUCACUUCAGUUAGAAGAAGUGAUGGAGGAAUGACUGAAACGGGGUUAGAAACCCUAAAAGUCAUGUGUAACACACACUUCCCAGGCUCGAUAAUACACCAGAGCGUAACGGACGAUAUAGUAACUAGUGUGGUGGAACAACCCACUAGCACUACCAGGUACAACUGGGACACGUCUAAAAAGGUAGUAGAUCACGAUAAGAUACAAUGGGCACUAUCAACAUUUCAGCCAUACAAAGCCCCGGGUCAGAUGGAAUCUACCCCAUACUACUACAAGAGGGCGCCAAUGUACUAA